AAACGUCAAUUUGACAUUGUCACACACAUUUUUCAACAUGUCAUUCCACUAAAUUAUGUGUUUUCGAAUUUGAAAUGUUUAUUAGUUUAGGAGUUCAUCCAUGAUGCCAUUUACUAAAAAACUUCAUCGAGUUAUUUUUCUCUAGAAGAAACUUUUAGUAUCAUAUAGAAACAAAAAAAAUGUUGAGAUGUGUACAACAAGAAACCAACAAAAAAAUGCGUAAAACCAAAAAGAAAACUAAGAAAUCAAGAAAUCGCAAAAACACUGACUUACAACAAAGUACCAAUGAUCGAUAUUUAUGUAUUGAAUGUUUUCAAAAUUCAGAUAAAGUAGUUGGAGAAAACGAUUGUCUAUACAAUACAGAUACAGAACCGUGGUAUUUAAAUGAAUUACUUUCUUGGCCUAUGCCAAAUUUUACGAACAUAUUUUGUAAAAGUAGUAUUCAAAAAAACAUCGAGUCACAAUGUAAAGAAGGCAUGUUCUCCGAAAAUUGCCUCGAAGAAAUCCAACGUAACUUAUGCUGCCAAAAAUCAACAGAAGAAAUCAUUGAUCCUUGUAAUCCCCCUAAAAAACCAAAAUCUGUUAAAUCAUCCAACAAAAAACGUUGCAAAUGUCCUCCAGACAAAGAUUCGACCGUAAAAACCGCGAGCACCGUCAAAAAAUGUAUCGGACACUCUCUUAUUGAAGAUGAAGUGCUUCAAGCUAAACCUCGGAAAAAGAAAUCUAAAAAUGGAAACUACGGGAAACAAUUCGCUUGUGACAGCGAACCGAUGACGAAAUGGUUUUCGGAAUUAGCCCCAAGCCCUGAUUUCGAUUUGGGAAUUGUUCAAGCAUGCCAAGAUGCUACGGAAAGAGUUAUCUGUUGCACUCAGAUUAAUGACGACGAAACAGACAUUUUUAAAGCUCGAAACACUAAAAAAUCAAAACGGAAGAAAAUAACUUCGAAGAAACUAAGUUGUAAAUGUAGUAAAACAAACAUCGAAACUGAAUAUUGAAUAAAAAUAUCAAUUCAACGUAA